AUGGAGGAGAGGUUAGAAGUGGCAGGGAAGGUCCUGCAGGUCUUCAGGAGGACGUGCUUAAAGGAGUUGCCAAGGCAGGCGGCACCACAAAAUGGGAAACAGCGACCCAAGGACAGCUUUCCGCUGCCAUGGAUGGCCCAGUGCCAAGAGGUCUUGAAGGCGCUGGACUGCCAUUGCUCAGGUUGGGGAAGCCCACCACUGUCCCAAGUUGGGCCUUGGGACGAUGCCAAGGCCUUCCUGGCCUCCUUCGAGCAAGUGGCCAAGGCCUGCCGGUGGCCUCGGGGAGAGUGGGCGGCCCGGCUCCUGCCAGCGCUGAGCAGAGAAGCCCAGCAGGCCUUCAGUUCCUUAGAAGCGACAGACAGGGAGGACUAUGCGAAGGUGAAGGCCGCCAUCUUGCGAGGGGAUGCGAUCAAAAUGGAGGUGCAAUGCCAGCACUUCAGGCAGUUCCGCUACCAGGAAGUCGAGGACCCACGAAAGGUUUACGGGCAGCUCCAGGAGCUGUGCCACCGGUGGCUCAAGCCGGAGCGGCACAGAGGAUUUGUGAUUCCAAAACCUGAAGCUGUAUCCCAGAUGGAACAAGGAAUGGUUUUCAUCCAGGAUGCUGAGGCUGGGGAGGCAUUUCCAGGCAAUGUCGCAGGUGAUGAGGACCCCGUUAAAAUCAAGAAAGAAGAUUCCCAGUCAAGAAGUCAGGAGCCAGAAGAAAUAUGCAGCAUGUCCUUGGAAAUAUCCCAAGGGACAGCUUCUUUGGUGGCUGAGAUUCAUGAACGCGGGUGCAACUCCAAUGGGCAGGAGGGGAAGGAGCUGCUGGAAGACUGGGACGAAUCUACGGAGAUUGCAGGAAGCCACACGGCAAUCAAGGACUCUGCAAGUCACGGGCGGAUGAAUAGGUUUUUGCACUCCAAGAGCGGGAUAUGGUACCGAUGCAGGUCAGGACUGGCUGCAAAUCAGCAGGUUCAUUCUGGAGCAACCCCUUAUGCGUGUGGGAAGCGCUUCCAGAAAAAGAACUACCUUGCUAAACAUCAGAGAAGCCACGUGAGGCCCGAAGUGUAUCAAUGCUCUGAAUGCGGGGAAAGCUUCAACUGGAGAGAGGGGUUUGUUAGACACUGGGAAAAGCACAUGGGCGAGAGGCUCCAUGAGUGCUCUCAGUGCGGGAAAUGCUUCAGCCAGAGGGAAAGCUUAAACAGACACGAGAAAAUCCACACAGGGAAGAAGCCGUACGAAUGCCCUGCGUGCGGGAAACACUUCUGCCGGAGAGAUUCAUUGGUAAGGCAUCAGAAGUUCCAUACAGGAGAGAAGCCCUACCAGUGCCCCGAGUGUGGGAAAAGUUUCAAUCAAAGGGAGGUCUUGCUUAGACAUCAGAGAAUUCACACGGGAGAGAAGGCAUACGAAUGCCACAAAUGUGGGGAAAGCUUCGCACAGAAAACCAUACUGAACAGACACGAGAAAGUCCACAUGGGAGAAAGGCCUUAUUAA